GCAGCUACCACCGUUACCGGCUCCGCAGACGCUUCGACAGCCGCCAUCUUCCCGGAAACGCCGCCGCACGUCAGCCGCGCCCCCUCACUGCCAUGGCAACGGCGCGCUGUCUGGGAAACCCGCAGGAGCGGGUGGGCGGGGCACUACGUCAGACAGUUUAUCGUCACCUGGGGCGGGCCUUCCCAGGGGAUUUAACUGGGGCUGAUAAUUUUUUAUUGAGCGCCUAUCGUGAAUCAGACACUGAGUGCCCUGAGCGUUGGAGAAACGAGUGAAUGAAGCCAGGAGCAAGUUAUUCGGUGUGCACGUUAUCUAGUGUGGCUCUUGCCCUGGUCCCCGUGGGUGGGUGGUCCAUUCCUAACCUGAACAUUUCUGGAGACCCAGAGAUGUGAAGGACUGCCGGGAUUAUGCUCUCCCAGACUCUCUCUGGAGUGCAGAUCCCUUGGCUGUGUGGCCACAUCCCCCCCUUCCUCUAAGGCCUUCCCCGACCAUAUAAGGAGAGGCAGCUGCUGGGGGCGUCCCCAGUAUCUAAAGAUAGCGGUCUCUGCUUCGGACUCCAAACGCCACCGGGUAGCAGGAGCCGCCAUGGCAAGGCAGCAUGCCAGGACGCUGUGGUAUGACAGGCCCAAAUAUGUGUUCAUGGAGUUUUGUGUUGAGGAUAGCACCGAUGUCCACGUGCUCAUCGAAGACCACCGCAUUGUGUUCAGCUGCAAGAAUGCGGAUGGAGUGGAGUUGUACAAUGAGAUUGAGUUCUACGCUAAGGUGAACUCCAAGGACUCCCAGGAUAAACGCUCCGGUCGUUCCAUCACUUGUUUUGUGAGGAAAUGGAAGGAGAAGGUGGCCUGGCCUCGACUCACCAAAGAGGAUAUCAAACCGGUGUGGUUGUCUGUGGACUUUGAUAACUGGAGAGACUGGGAGGGGGAUGAAGAGGUGGAGCUGGCUCAGGUGGAACACUAUGCAGAGCUUUUGAAGAAGGUCAGCAUCAAGAGACCUCCCCCUGGCAUGGAUGACCUGGAUGAUGAUUCUGACAGUGCUGAUGCAACAAGUAAUUAACUUCUGUGACGGCAGAGCUGGGGAGGAAGCUGGGGCAUCUUCCAGUCGCUCUGAAAAGCUAGGGCCGGGGUCUUUGCCAGCUCUUAGCUGUGGGGUCUCCAGGAUCUCUGAACUUUCCUAGAAACUCUUUUUACAUGUCCUUUUAUGUUUUAUUUCUUUUUUUCCUAGGCACUUGAGUAUGGCUCCAUCAGAUGGCAGGAUAGGAGAGUAGACUGGUGGGGCUCCUGACUUCCUACCAAUUGGCUGUAAUCUUUGUGCUUGGGCCACUCAUCAGGGCUCUCUUGAGUAUUCGAGCAUGUGUGUGUGGUAGAGCAAAAGCCAAAGUAGCAGCGUAUAGAUCAUAAUAAAUCUGUAAGAACAA